AAUUGACCUAAAUUGACAUGUCAAAUGUAAAAUCUGCAUAAUAUUAAUAGAAUUGUUCAGUUAUUUACAUGGACAUUUAUGUUGUUAACAUUUUCUGCAGUGUGCGGUUGUUUUAAGCUUGCACGUUGCCCUGUUGUAUUUGUUAAUGUGAAAAGUCUUGCAAUUGCAAAAUGUGGCCGCCAUCCUCUGUUGAUUACGUUCUGGAAAGGAUAUCCAUUAUCACGAAAAAAGCCAUGUUUUCUGCGGUGUACAUAAUAUCCUGUUAUGUCACGCUUUGUUACAACUUAAACUGAUUACUGCAUUUUGGGAUCUUAUUUGUGUUUUCAUCAGAUUUACCUAAACGUUUCACAUAAGUGUAGAGCCGAUAAUGUUCCAAAUAUUUACAAAUGGCCAUGACCCAAUUAAUGAAGAGUGACCAGUGGACUACUACAAAAUCAGCAAUGUGGAUUAAUUUUAAAAGACCAAUUUCUACGGGGGAGUUUACCAAUGUUAGACUUACAUCUCAGUGAGAACAGAAAGUGAAGAUGCAAAGACAAACAGUGUAACCCAUUUAUAUGUGAAGACAAUGGAUCGAGACUACUGCCGAGCCAUAUUACGGGUGUGCGUUGCUCAGCUGUGUCAAAAUCUUGGCUGGCACAACACUCAGUCGACGCCACUCGAAUUGCUCACCAACGUCUUAGAGCGAUAUCUUCUUGAACUCGGCAAAGUCUCUCAUCGCUACAGUCAACAGUUUGGACGGACUGAACCAAAUCUAGAUGACCUUGCUCUGACAUUCCGCCAUGUUGGAAUCCAGCUGGGAGAGCUGGAGGAUUAUAUUCGCCAUAUUGAGCCGGUGGCCUUCUCACAAGACAUCAUCGCUUUUCCUGCUCCCAAGCAGAACAACUUGCAGUUCCCGAACCCACGAAGUCGAGAAAUCCAGCAGCAUCGAGAAGACCAUGUUAACGGUCAUCUGCCGUACAUGUACCCUGGACUUGAAGAAGAGGUUGAAGAAGAAAAACCUGUGGCUUCACUUCCUCUUCCCACAAUCCCCUCCGAAACGAUGACGUCCCCUACUACAAUCAGUCCUUCAGGCGCAGACAAACGCUCGUGGUCAGGUUCUGGGGAAGGAUCACACACAAAGAGGUCACGACUGUCAGCUUCAGCUUUGCCCGAGGAGGCGGGACCGUCCCAGUACGAGAUGAUGAGUGUGGUGAUGACUCAGAACGGCGUCCUGACCCCCACGAGGCAGGGCAAGCUGCCCGACGCCCGCACGCCGCCCCCAGGCUUCAGGCAGGCCAUUCAGUUCUACAAGGAGAACCGCAAAGAUGACGACAAAAGUGAUAAAAAGACGGACAAGCAAGAGAGAGGAGUUGAUAAAGAGAAACACGACAGUCUCGAUACGCCGGAGAAACAGCUGGAUAGGUUAGGCAGACAGCCCAAGUCGGACAGAACUGUAGAGCGAGGUGACAGACACAUCAAAGAAGAAAAGUCCGACCAUUUUUCCGAAAGGAGCGAUACGUUAAAGGAGAACAUAAAACGAGAGAAAUCGUUUGAAGAAGAGUUCUUGAAUGAUGAUGACGCUGCCAGUGGUAGGAACGUUCAUCCCAAGAAGCAGAUGUUGACGAAGCACUUAAAGAAAGUGGCCGCUGCAGCGGAGCAUGCAAAAAAACAGGGUUCACCAAAAUCGGGGAAAUUCUACAAAUCAGGAAAAUCUAAAUCUCCUAGGGCGUUGGGUGGAGUAGGAAAAGUGAAAAGCAAAGUGAAAGAUAAAGUGAAGAGUAAUGUUGCCGAUGACCGAGAAAGCUGGUUGAAGGAUUUCUUCCCUUCAAAACCAGAGGAGUCGAAAGACAAAGCUUUGCCUUCUGUGACUCCGUUAUCGACAGCGCCUGUUUCUUCGGCAAACUCUGUGAUCUCUCCAAACAGGCAGUCACUGUCUGGAGGAAUCACAGCCUCACAGAUGAAAGAAACCCUCAAGGAGAGCAAGAAGGUGAAACAGUUCGAAAAGGGAAGCAAGAGCGUCCCAAAGACUAAAAUAAUUGUGGUGCAUCCAAAGACUCCUGUUUCGGAACUUUCAAAGAUCUCUGUAGGUUUAGAUGAAGAUUCAACAAAUUCUUGUGAUUCUCCAGAAAGACUUGUUAUAGCAGAAGGAGAUGUCAGAAUCAAAGAAUCGCAGAAGUCCAGAAAGGCUCGGUUAGCCGGGAUUGAUGAAAGCAUUGAUUCGGUGAUUCGUAAUUCGGCAGCUUUAGCAGACGAAGAGUUGAAAAGUUUCUCUGAAGUCAAAGAACAAGAUUUGGAAAUUACUGGAAAACAACAAGAUGUAGUCAAGAAAAAGGAAAAGAUAAAGCCAAAACAUUUGGAGAAAAUAAAGAAAAAGGAUAAAAUUGUUCCGAGUGUAAAAAGUUACAGUAGUUCUGAUUCUAUAUUUGCUAGUAUUGACUCUGUCAUCAGACAGUCCUCCGAGGAAACUGACAUUACAGAGCCUCCAACCGUUGCCAAGAUCGAUACUCCAUUAAUUGUUGAACCGGAAGUGGUCCCAGAACGAGAACAGGCUAGUUCUGUUGCUAGUUCUGUCCUUAGUUCUGUCUCUCACUUGUUACCUCCAGUUCCACUAAAAACACCAAAGCGAUCCCCUGGUAGACCUCGUAAGAAGCCGCGAGGCAAAGCUGCAGCAAAAGCCAAAGAUGACAUCACAAAAAACAUUUUAAAAGCUCAAAUAGAGAAGAAACCUUCAGAAGACCACGAGGUUGAGGUGAAGCCAACACUGCCAGACAAGAUGGUCUCACCGGAGAUUUCUGUGUAUGAUUUCCCCGAGAGUCCCGGUCCUCCCGAGACAAAGAAAGCUCGAAUUCUGUCUCCCAAGUCCUCCACUUCAGUUAUCAGUCCUCUAGCCGAGCCUGUGGUCACCCCAGUUACCUCGGUUACCAUCGUGCCACCGGCAGCUGUGUUAAAUAACGGAGGCUCCAGUUCUCAUACAGGGACCGAGAAAGAGAAGAAGAUUAAGAAAGACAAAGAUAAGAAGGAGAAAAAGGACAAAGACAGAUCUAAGGAUAAAGAACACAGAAAAGAGAAGAAGGAAAAGAGACGCGACAAAGAAAAGAAGAAGAAAAACAAAGAUAAAGACCGGGAACGAUCUAAAGAUAAGGAUCGAUUAAAAGAUGACAAAUUUAAGGACACUUUCGAAGCUAUUCCAGGUUUUAUUCCAAAGAUUAAGUUAAACAUCAAACUUGGCAGUGCACCAAGUUCUAGUGUGGCCGUUUCGGUUUCAGAAAAUAAGAUGAUGUCGCCACAACAUGAGGUCUCAGUGGCAGGAAGUAGCGCGUCGUCUUCAUUAAUCAAGCCAUCGCGGCCGGAAAUACCCAAACUAGUUAUCAAGCCAAUACGAUGCGAGUCUCUAGAUAUACGAUCCCCAGAGCCAGCUACAUCACCUGCCAAGUCUCCGAUUAAAAUGAAAUCACCAGCACGGGCAAGAUCACCCGUCAAAACUAGGUCACCAGCCCAAUCCCCAUCCCCACCCUCAUUGAAAUUAAUCACCCCUGUGAGGUCACCUUCACCUCCCCAUCUUGAUGCUCAAAUAUCACCUCCUUCAUCAAAAAUGGACUCACCCGAGAGAUCUCCAAGUCCACCACCUCGGUCACCCACUCCUGAAUCAUCUCCCAUCCACAAAUCACCUACUCCAUCACCCAAACCCCCUACCCCUCCUACUCCCCGGUCACCCACCCCUGAAUCUGUUCAUUCACCUUCACCCUCGCCCCCACCAUCACCCCCUCAUCACAGUCCCACUCCUUCUCCACCCCCUCGUACCCCAACCCCACCUCCGCCCCCACGGACACCCACUCCCCCUCCACGAACCCCAACCACUCCCCCUAGAACCCCCAGCCCUACCCCUAGAACUUCACCUCCACCUAGAACUCCAUCACCAUGCUCACCAUCAUCAUCUCCAGUGCACCACCGGUCUCCAUCGCAGUCGCCGUCAAACAGUAAGUCCACACCCUCCCCUACGAAGUCAUCACGCUCCUCUCCUAAAAGUUCUCCCGUAAUGGCAUCGCCACCAACCCCCCGAGAGGCGGCCAGGAGGGCAGCAGAGAAGGUGUUGGCUUCCCGAUCGCCAGCCACGUCGAAAGGUUCGCCGGGAGACCUGUCUCGAGCCGUUAUUGUGGAGACUGUUGGAACGUUUGUGGAUGCGUCAGGACAGCAGAUCUGGAUUUGUCCCGCAUGCAAGAUGCCGGAUGACGGCAGUCCGAUGAUCGGCUGUGAUGGCUGUGAUGACUGGUAUCACUGGCCAUGUGUGAACAUAACAGAGGAGCCCCCAAAAGAACAGGAUUGGUUCUGUCCCCGAUGUGCAGCCAAGAGUAAAGCUAAAGGGGUCAAAGGUCGAGGCAGGGGGAAAGGUCGGGGCCGAAAGAAGAAAGUUUAACCACAUGUGUUUUGAAAAGGCAGCAUAAAAUGACAUUGUAGUGUUUGUGUAUCACAGAGACAUUGUAAUGUGGACAUUACUCAGCUCAAUUGUUAUUUGUUUUUGUAUAUGUACUAUAUCUUUUGUAUCUGUUCUCGUGUGAAUAAACUCAUUGUAUAAAUAGUAA